UCCGCCUUUUCAGCCGUCCAAUUCUGUACACAUUUGAAUCGUAUGGAAAAGGAUUAUUAUUAUUAAGACCUUGAUAGCUGCUUAACUAGAAGAAAGAAGACAUCAAUGAAAAGCUUCCACAGAAUUUGUUGCUUCUGUUUUUUGUUGCCUCAUUUUAUAGUACUAUCUGAUGCUACAGAUACUUUAGCUCUAAAUGAGACGCUUGCAGAUGGAAAAACAAUCAUCUCAUCCGGUGGAACUUUUGAACUGGGAUUUUACAGCCCAGAUAGUAGUUCCAACAAUCGAUACGUGGGCAUAUGGUAUAAGCAAGUUUCCCCAGUUGUUGUGGUAUGGAUUGCUAAUAGAGAUGUUCCAGUCAAUGGCACAAAUGGCCUCCUGAAGGUGACUGAUCAAUCUAAACUCACAAUUUUCAAUGGAGAAGGCACAGCCAUAUGGUCAACAAAUUCCACCAGGUUGGUGCAGAAGCCUGUGGCACAACUUCUUGAUUCAGGAAACCUUGUUGUUAAAGAUGCAGCUGAUGCCAAUCCAGCGAAUUACCUGUGGCAGAGUUUUGAUCAUCCUACCGACACUCUUUUGCCAGGAAUGAAGUUGGGGCUUGACUGGGUGAAAGGCAUCAAUAGGUACCUUCAAUCUUCAAAGAGUAAAGCUGAUCCUUCAAGAGGCUAUUUCACAUAUCAAAUGGAUCCUAAUGGCUUCCCACAAUUGUUCUUGAUGAAUGAUUCAAUUCCACAAUUUCGUUCUGGAACAUGGGACGGUAAGCAGUUUAUUGGCUCGCCAGGCCUAAAUUCAAACCCUCUAUAUACGUAUGAGUUUGUCAAUACUCCACAGGAAAUAUAUUACAGGUUUGAUCUUUAUAGCAGCUCUGUCUACUCAAUACUUACUUUGAAAAGCAACGGGGUGCUUCAAAGGUUGAAUUAUAAUCCUCGGAAUCAGGAUUGGACUGAUUACCUCGAUGCACCAGCUGAUUCUUGUGAUGAUUAUGGGCUUUGUAACGCCUAUGGUAUCUGUAGCAUUGUUAGUUCUCCAUUCUGUAGCUGUCUGGAUAAAUUUGUGCCGGUAUCCCCCUUUGACUGGCAAACAACCGACUGGUCUAGUGGCUGUAAGAGAAGGGUUCCUUUAGAUUGUCAAAAGGGAGAUGGAUUUCUAAAGUAUUCAGGCAUCAAGUUGCCAGAUACAAGACAUUCCAGGUAUAAUCAAAGUAUGUCUCUCAAGGAAUGUGAGAAACUUUGCAUGAAAAACUGUUCCUGUACAGCUUAUUCGAAUUCAGACACAACAGGCAAGGGUAGUGUCUGCUUGCUUUGGUUUGAUAAUCUGAUAGAUAUCAAAAAGCUCAGCGAUAGCGAUCAAUAUAUCUACAUUAGGGUGGCCUCCUCUGAGUUAGGCUCUGGAUCCAAUAAAGGAAAAAUAAUCGUAAUCAGCUUGGUCUUGCCGGCAGCAGUUCUACUGUUGGUGCUUAGCCUUAUCUUGUACUUUAAAAAGAAAAAGAAGAAGCAGCAGCGGACACAAACUGAACAGCUAUCUGGCGAAGUGCAAAUAGGAGGCACAUCAGAGCGAUAUCCUUCUAGAGAAUAUGACAAGGAAGAUGUCGACCUGCCAUUGUUUGAUUGGCAAACCGUUGUGCAGGCUACCAAUUACUUCUCAAGUGAUAAUAAGCUUGGAGCAGGUGGAUUUGGUCCUGUAUACAAGGGUAUACUUGUUGGGGGACAGGAAAUCGCAGUGAAGCGGCUUUCUGAAUACUCCAUGCAAGGACUUGAUGAGUUCAAGAAUGAGGUUAAACUCAUUGCAAACCUCAAGCACAGAAAUCUUGUGAAGCUUCUAGGGUGCUGCAUACAAGCAAAAGAGAGGAUAUUGAUUUAUGAAUACAUGCCUAACAGAAGCUUGGACUCCUUUAUUUUUGAUCAUGAUCGGAGCAGAUUGCUUGAUUGGCCAAAACGCUUCCAGAUUAUUAAUGGGAUUGCUCGCGGGCUUCUUUAUCUUCAUCGAGACUCCAGAUUGAGAAUCAUCCAUAGAGACCUUAAGGCUGGGAAUGUUUUGUUAGAUAUUGACAUGAAACCAAAAAUAUCAGACUUCGGCAUGGCCAGAAUUUUUGCAAAUGAGAACGAGGCAAACACAAAAAGAGUUGUCGGAACAUAUGGCUACAUGCCUCCAGAGUAUGUAGUGGAUGGAUACUAUUCAACAAAAUCAGAUGUAUAUAGCUUUGGCGUUUUGGUACUGGAGAUUGUAACUGGGAGGAAGAAUAGAGGAUUUACCCAUGCAUCUCACAAUCAUAAUCUUCUUGGGCAUGCAUGGUUACUCUACAAAGACGGCAGAUUUCAGGAGUUGGUCGAUGACCAUGUGAGUAAAUCUUGUUAUCUGUCCGAAGUUAUUAGAUCAAUUCAUGUAGGACUACUCUGUGUACAACAAUUUCCAGACGACAGGCCAAGCAUGUCAUCCGUGGUUUUGAUGUUGGCUAGUGAUAGAGCAUUACCUUUCCCUAAAGAGCCUGGCUAUUUCACUCAAAGAAAUUUGUUUUUUGAACCUGAGAAGAGUUUAUCAAGCACGAAAGCAGAUAGUUCUAGCAAUCAACUCACCGUCACGAUGUUAGAUGCUCGAUAGUUUUGAGUAAAUCUCUUGAUCCUCUUCUUUGUACAUGUUAACUUGAUGAUCUCAUAAUACAUAGUUGUUCUCAAGUUAA